AAUGAUAAAAUUUCAUAAAUUUUGACUUGGUGUUAAUAGGUGUUAAUAUUAUUUGUUGUUGCAAAAUAUGGCACAAUUAUUGAAAGAUUUUGUAGCCAAAUAUUCAAACGGCUUUCCUAGGGGCUCUACAACUGGACUUUCGGUACUUCUUGGAGUAGGCUUGGUGGGUUUUGGGGUAAAGGAAUCUUUGUAUACAGUUGAUGGUGGUCACAGAGCAAUUAUUUUUAGCAGAAUAGGUGGUAUUCAGAAUGAGGUUUACGCAGAGGGCUUACAUUUCAGAAUUCCAUGGCUACAGUAUCCUAUUAUUUAUGAUGUUCGUUCUCGUCCACGAAAGAUUUCUUCUCCUACUGGAAGCAAAGAUCUUCAAAUGGUCAAUAUUAGUCUUAGAGUGUUAGCAAGACCAAUGGCAUCAAGUUUACCACAACUGUACCAAAGACUAGGUUUAGAUUUUGAUGAAAGAGUACUGCCAUCUAUUUGCAAUGAAGUUCUUAAGAGUGUUGUUGCACAGUUUAAUGCUUCUCAAUUAAUUACAAUGCGUCAAGAAGUCAGUUUAAUGAUUAGAAGGGAUCUUGUUGAUCGAGCUAAAGAAUUCAAUAUUAUACUUGAUGAUGUAUCAAUUACUGACCUUAGUUUUAGUGCUCAAUACACAGCUGCUGUAGAAUCAAAACAAGUUGCACAGCAAGAAGCUCAAAGAGCAACAUUUUUAGUUGAACGAGCCAUUCAAGAGCGACAACAAAAAAUUGUAGCCUCUGAAGGUGAAGCAAAAGCUGCUAUGUUAUUAGGAGAGGCAAUUAAAGAAAACCCUGGAUAUCUAAAACUAAGGCGCAUCAGAGCUGCACAAGAAAUAUCAAGAGUGAUUGCAAGCUCCCAAAACAAAGUUUAUUUAAAUUCAAACAACUUGCUUCUGAAUAUUAAAGAUACUGAUCAAAUUGACUUUGGAUUAAAAUAAACUUUUUUUCUUACUCUCUUUGUAAAUAUGAGAAAAUCUUUGAGAAAGCUUUUAAGCUAUA